AUGCCUCUCGGGAUCCAUAACCCGCUGCCUUCGUCCCUAUCAAGCGAAUGCAAGAAAGCUAGUAAAAUCCUCGUAUCCUUUGUCGACCCGCGACAAGCGUUUGGUCCCGAAAAGGUCAUCCCACCUGAGAUUUUGGCUGGGGCUAAGGGUCUCGCUAUUCUUACGGUCUUCAAGGCUGGAUUUAUAGGCUCUGGUCGCUUUGGCUCCGGUAUCGUCGUCGCCCGACUAGCCGAUGGCACAUGGUCUGCGCCCUCCGCGAUUGCGACUGCCGGUGCGGGAUUCGGUGGUCAAAUUGGGUUUGAGCUGACAGACUUCGUCUUCAUUCUGAACGAUGCUGCUGCUGUCCGUACAUUCUCUCAGGUGGGAACUCUGACUCUGGGGGGCAACGUUUCCAUCGCCGCUGGUCCGGUUGGACGGAAUGCAGAAGCCGCCGGUGCUGCAAGCACCAAAGGCGUGGCGGCUGUCUUUUCCUAUUCCAAAACCAAAGGUCUCUUUGCUGGUGUGAGUUUGGAAGGAAGUAUGCUGGUUGAGCGCAAGGACGCCAAUGAAAGGCUUUAUAGCAGCCGAGUGUCUGCUUCCCAACUUCUCAGCGGUACCAUUCGACCUCCACCAGCUGCGGAACCUCUGAUGAGCGUGUUGAAUUCGCGGGCCUUUCAAGGCAAUUCGCGCCGGGCCGGAGAUAUGUACAAUGAUAUCCCCGUCUAUGAUGACCGUCACGACGAUGUUGUCUGGGAGGGCCGCCGGGGAGAUGCAUAUGGAGAGGGUGUUCGGCGCGAUCGAAGGGGACCCAACGACUCGUCGGAUGACUAUGAAUACCGCGAUCGUCCUCGCCGCGCGAAUACAUGGACAGACGAUGUCUAUGACCGCCCUGCUGGAGGGCCAGGCCGUUCAUCCACCGGCCGCUAUGCCGGUGACCGCAACGAUACCUUGGACAGCUAUGGCCGCUCGCGUAGUAAUACUGCUAGUGGAUAUGAAGACGACUAUGUGUACUCGGAUCGAAAACCUAGCCGGCCCACGGCACCCAAGCCUGUUUUUGGUCAACGAACCGGGCAAUCAUCGCUGCGCGAUGACCAAGCUAUCGCGCUAUUCACAUUCGAUGCCGACCAGGAUGGCGACUUGGGCUUCAAGAAGGGCGAUGUGAUCACGAUCGUCAAACGUACAGAAAAGAAGGAGGAUUGGUGGACAGGGCGAAUCGGCGACCGUGUUGGCAUAUUCCCUGCAAAUUACGUCGAAACAGCUUAA